CUAUUUUCUCACUUCUCCACCCUGCACUUGUCACAUUAUCAAAAUAUCUGGCAGAAGAAGCCCAAGAAGUUGAAGAAUCCCACGAGGAAGAAGAAGGAGAGCCUGAACAAGUAAUGGAAGAGACAGUUCAAGAGGAGGAAGGUUAUGAGGGGGCAGAGGAGGAAGAACACGGUGAAGAAUACGAUGAGGAGAAGCCUAAACCCAAACUUACUGCUCCUAAAAUCCCAGAUGGAGAGAAAGUUGACUUUGAUGAUAUUCAGAAGAAAAGGCAGAACAAGGACUUAAUUGAGUUGCAGUCCCUUAUUGAUCAGCACUUUGAAGGCAGAAAGAAAGAGGAAGAGGAGCUAAUUGGAUUGAAAGACAGAAUUGAGAAACGUAGAGCUGAGAGAUCCGAGCAACAGAGGAUCAGAGCAGAGAAGGAGAAGGAGCGUCAGACCAGACUUGCCGAGGAAAAGGUAAGGAGAGAGGAACAGGACCUAAUGAGACGUGCUGAGGAUGAUAUGAAGAAGAAGAAGGCUUUGUCCUCCAUGGGGGCCACAUACAGCAGCUACCUGGCCAAGGCUGAUCAGAAGAGAGGCAAGAAGCAGACAGCCCGGGAGCAGAAGAAGAAGAUUCUGGCAGAUCGUCGCAAGCCCCUGAAUGUAGACCACAUGAAUGAAGAUAAACUCAGGGACAAGGCUAAGGAGAUGUGGGACUGGCUGUACCAACUGGAGUCCGAGAAGUUUGAGAUGGGGGAAAAGCUCAAGAAACAGAAAUACGAGGUUACAACCCUCAGGAACCGUAUCGAUCAGCUCCAGAAACACAGCAAGAAGGCAGCUGGAGGCAAAGGAAAAGUUGGGGGCCGCUGGAAGUAAGCUCCCCCAAAUACAAGACCUGGUCCUGACUGAGAGCAGCCCCCCUCCACCGAC